AUGGCGAUGCCCACGAUGGCUGCGAUCGCCAAGCGCAUGACUGGCGCCGCGAACGACUCCAAGUUCUUCAGCACGACCAAGAAGGGCGAGACCCAUGAACUGCGCCAGGAAUUGGCCAAUCCCAGUCGCGAGAAGAAGAAAGACGCUGUAAAGAAGGUGAUCGCCAACAUGACCGUAGGCAAGGAUGUAUCCAUGCUCUUCACGGAUGUGGUCAACUGCAUCCAGACGGCCGACACGCAGCUCAAGAAGCUCGUGUACCUGUACCUCAUCAAUUACGCCAAGAGUAACCCGGAUCUAACCAUCCUGGCCGUCAAUACGUUCGUAAAAGACGCCGCCGACCCGAACCCACUCAUCCGUGCGCUCUCAGUGCGCACUAUGGGCUGUAUCCGAGUGGACCGUAUCACCGAGUACCUAUGUGAGCCACUGCGUCGCUGUCUACAGGACGAGGAUCCGUAUGUCCGUAAAACUGCAGCCAUUUGCGUCUCUAAACUCUAUGACAUCAACCCGGAUAUGGUAGAGGAACAGGGUUUCCUCGACAUGUUACGGGACUUGAUCUCGGACUCGAACCCGACGGUUGUCGCUAACGCUAUCGCCGCUCUAUCCGAGAUCUCGGAGAACAGUGGGGGCGCUAUGGCCUUCAAGAUCACCAAGUCGGUGCUACAGAAGCUUCUGGCGGCUCUAAACGAGUGCAACGAGUGGGGACAGGUCUUCGUGCUCGACGCGUUGGCUGCAUACACUCCUGCAGACUCGAGAGAGGCCGAGGGGAUCAUCGAGCGCGUCACACCUCGUCUGCAACACGCUAACUCUGCCGUCGUAUUGUCCGCUGUGAAGGUCAUUAUGAAGUUCUUGGAGAAAGUAUCGGACGCUGAUACGGAGCGCAGUCUGUCCCGUAAGAUGGCUCCUCCGUUAGUGACGCUAUUGUCCGCUGAGCCGGAGAUCCAGUACGUGGCGCUGCGCAACAUUAACCUGAUCGUGCAGAAGCGUCCGGCCAUCUUGGCCAAUGAGAUCAAGGUGUUCUUCUGCAAGUACAAUGACCCGAUCUACGUUAAAAUGGAGAAGCUGGAGAUCAUCAUCCGUCUCGUCUCGGAGCGUAACAUUGAGCAGGUGUUGCUGGAGUUCAAGGAGUACGCUACUGAGGUGGAUGUGGAGUUUGUACGCCGCUCGGUGCGUGCUAUCGGUCGCUGCGCUGUCAAGCUCGAACGUGCAGCCGAGAAGUGCAUUAAUGUGCUGCUGGAACUCAUUCAGACCAAGGUGAACUAUAUCGUGCAGGAAGCCAUCAUCGUGAUCAAGGAUAUCUUCCGGAAGUAUCCGAACCAGUACGAGAGUAUCAUUGCUACGCUCUGUGAGAACUUGGAUACGUUGGACGAACCUGAAGCCAAGGCGUCCAUGAUCUGGAUUAUUGGCGAAUACGCGGAACGUAUCGACAACGCUGAUGAGUUGCUGGAGUCGUUCAUGGAUUCAUUCGACGAUGAGACGGCCCAAGUGCAGCUACAGCUUCUGACUGCUACUGUCAAGCUCUUCUUGAAGCGUCCUAAUGAGACCCAAGAAAUGGUUCAAAAAGUGCUGCACAAGGCCACAGAGGAGUCGGACAACCCGGACUUACGUGACCGAGGCUACGUGUACUGGCGGCUAUUGUCGGCUAACCCGGAAGCUGCUCACGCUGUUGUGUUGGCAGAGAAACCAGUGAUCAGUGACGACACAUUCGCGCUCGAGUCUUCGGUUCUUGACGAUCUGAUUGGUAAAAUCUCGACGCUUGCCAGUGUCUACCACAAGGUCCCAAGUGCAUUCGUUGUCCGUUCAACUGUGUCGGAGCUACGCGAACACCGCCAGGAUGAUGACCACAGCAACGAAGACGAGGACGAAGGCUCCUCCGACCAGCCUGAAGAGGGAGCCACUCAGUCUGAAGGAGCCGUGGACCUACUCGAUAUGGGAGGGUUAUCAAUGGGAGGACCGGCCCCUACCGCUCCAGCACCCGCGAGUGCGAGCUUGGUCGACAUUUUCGGUGCUCCGACACCUCCACCCGCUCCAGUAUCAGGUGGAUCCUCCUCUGUUCAGAAGAAGAUGCUGAUGAAUGCUCAACAAGGAAAGGGACUGCAGAUGACCGGAGCUUUCACUCGACGCAAUGGGACCUUUGUAUUGGACGUAGACUUUGAGAACCAGUCGAAUGCACCGAUCGCCGGUGUGAGUAUCCAGUUCAACAAGAGCACGUUCGGUGUGGUCCCCAUGCAGGCGACCGUGACGUUCCCGCAGCCAUUAGCGCCUGGCCAAAGUGUCAACCAGGUUGUACCCAUGGGUGUGAGUCCUCAGUUCGUCAACGCUUCGGUGGCUCCGAAUCUGAACCUGCAAGUGGCGAUCAAGAAUAAUUCGAGUGGUGACGUCGUGUACUUCCAGUCGGAGUUGGAUCUGUCAGCUGUCUUCACGGAGGCAGGCAGUAUGGCUUCAACCGAGUUCAUCAGCAUGUGGCAGAGUAUUGCAGAGGCCAACGAGCACUACUUUACGCUGGCUACUGGAAGUCGUGGCGUCGAUGCUGUAUCUGAGCGGUUGGGACGCAAUAACGUCUUCUAUGUAGCCAAGCGGCCUAUUGACGGCAAGGAGGUCGCGUACUUCUCGCUUAAAACCAUGACUAAUGUCGUGGCGCUCUUUGAGCUCACAUUCGACAACUCCGGUACCACAAAGGUUUGCCUCAAGCUCGAGCAGAAGGCGUUCAGUGCGCUGUUACAGCAGACAAUGGAACGCUUGCUGGCGUAA